AACACACUCACUCUCUCUUCCUUUGGUGCGCCAUUUAAGAGAAAGAGACAAGAAGGAGCUAGUAAUUAGUUUGGAAUUGGCUUGCUAUUCCACCCUUUCCUAUAUAUAAAUCACACCUCCCCAACUUCAAUUGUAGUGUAUCAAGAGGAGUUCAACAAAAUUUUGAAUUCUGUUUCAAUGUCUGCUGAUAGUGAUAUCUAUACUAUUGAUAUUUCUUUCCACACACAUUCAAGUUCAAACAUAGUCUCUUAUGAUCCUAAUUACCCUUUCAAUUAUAUUGAAACAGUUCAAGAGGAUUUGAACAAUUCUCUUGACUCAUUUUCCUCUUCCUUCUUUUCUUUUUCUUCUCCAACCAGUGAUCAGCUUGGAAAUUUCUCUGCUUUGGAUGGGUCUAGUUUGAAAACCAAGGAAUGCCAAAUGGGUGUAGAUUACACCUACUAUCAAAAGUUAAUGCAGAGGAGCUACAACUGUAACAAUUUUCAUGAGAAACUUGAUUUUCCUUCUGAAGCUUACCAUAACACACACAUGGAUUCCCCAAUUUUUCAAUGUCAUGAAUUGAGCUCCCCGGAAAACAGUUUCUUCAAUGGACAAAUAAGAAGGGCGUGCAGUGCAGGAGAUUUGCAGAACAUGGCAACACCUGGGUCUCAAACGGAUGAAGUAAAUUUCAAAGUAGGGCGUUACAGUUUGGAAGAACGAAAAGAAAAAAUCUCUAGAUAUAGAGCCAAGAGAAGCCGGAGGAAGUUCAACAAGAUUAUUAAGUAUGCAUGCCGAAAGACACUAGCAGACAAUCGAACACGCAUACGUGGCAGAUUCGCACGUAACGACAAAACCAACGAGAUUCCAAAACCUGUAUGUUCAGAAACAGAACAAUAUCAUGAAGACGUGUUCUGGGUUGAUUUCAUUGAAGGGUUAAAUGACGAGCUCCUCUAUUAAGAUCACAACAACAAUAUGAGUAGUUUCAUCAAAUGAAAAGUGUUAUUUGGACAUUUAUAUACAUUUUGAAAGAGAAAAAAUAAAUAGAGAAAAUGAUGUUCGUGAUCAAUGAAGAUUAUGAAAUUAUAAGUGUAACAAUAUCAUUGUGUUGACUAAGAAUUUACUUUUGUGAGCCAAAACAAAAAACAAAAAGGCUUCUCAAUUUUAAUCUUUUUCAAUUCACUGAAUAAAGUCAUCAUGUAUUAAUUUAGAUAGUGAGAUGCCACAGAGGUCAAACAUAAGUUGGGUGGUUGGAAUAAUCAACCUUUUGCUUACUUGUAUUUGAUUUCGAUUUCUCUUUUGUAUAUAUCACUAGUUUUGAUCUAUUCAAUGUAUAUAACCAUGUAUAAUGCUCCAAUAUCAUGUAAACUUUUUCUGCUUAAA